AUGAGCACCGAGGUGUUCUUUGAAGAAGAACAUGACGUAGAACGUGACGUCAAGAUUCUUCGAUGCAGAACCGUUCUGCAAGACCAGACGUCCGCAAUCCGUGUCGACAGCCAUCGAUUGACAGAACAACAACACAUCAACACCAGGUCUCAAUGUCCGAUCCGCUACGCCAUUGCCGUUCCGGUGACGAUCCAAGCUGAUGAGGAUGACAUCUGGCUUGUUUGUUGA